AUGACAAUUGACAUUUUCAAGUACUUGGAAAAGACGUUGACGGAGCGAAUCAUGUACUUGGACGGUGCCAUGGGUACCAUGGUCCAACGUCUCAAGCUUGAAGAAGCCGACUUCCGCGGCGAGGAAUUCAAGAAUCACCACACUGAUCUUCGAGGCAACAACGAUCUCUUGACGCUCACCAAACCGGACGCUAUCUAUGAUAUCCACAGAAUGUACCUGGAAGCUGGAUCGGAUAUGGUUGAGACCAACACUUUCAGUUCAACGUCAAUUGCACAAGCCGAUUAUGCAUUGGAAGCCUAUGCCUAUCGUCUCAACAAGGAGGGUGCCGAAUUGGCUAAACGCGCAUGCAAGGAUGUUUCCGAAGCAACGGGUAUCCCUCGCUUUGUAUGUGGUGCUAUUGGUCCCACCAAUCGUACAGCCUCCAUCUCUCCCUCUGUCGAGAACCCAGCCUAUCGUAACGUUACAUUUGACGAGCUGGUAACAGCCUACGCUGAACAAGUACGAGGUCUAUUGGAUGGUGGUGCUGAUAUUCUACUCGUGGAGACUAUCUUUGAUACCUUGAACGCCAAAGCGGUCGUGUAUGCCAUUGAUGUCGUCAUGGACGAAGACAAACGACCCAAGGUGCCCAUUUUCAUCUCAGGUACCAUUGUGGAUCAAAGUGGUCGUACGCUCUCUGGUCAAACGGGUGAAGCCUUCGUUACAUCCUUGAAGCAUGCCAAUCCAAUGGCAUUUGGUCUCAAUUGUGCUUUGGGUGCUCCUCAAAUGAAGCCUUUCAUUCAAAAUAUCAGUCGAUUCACCGAUGCCCAUAUCAUUUGUUAUCCCAAUGCUGGUCUUCCUAAUGCCAUGGGUGAAUAUGAUGAAAGUCCUGCUCAGAUGGCCAAGAAUGUGGAGCCCUUUGCACAAGAAGGUUUAGUUACCAUUAUUGGUGGUUGUUGUGGUACUACUCCUGAGCACAUUAAGGCCGUUGCUGAUGUGUGUCGUCAAUACAAGCCGCGUCCCAAGCCUCCAAGCAAUUCGGAUGUGAUGCUUCUUUCAGGUCUUGAAGUGCUUACUGUCAAUGAGACCACUGGUUUUGUCAACGUUGGUGAACGUUGUAACGUUGCUGGUUCACGCAAAUUCUGUCGCCACAUUCUCAAGGGUGAAUAUGAAGAAGCCUUGGCCAUUGCUCGUGCCCAAGUGGAGAAUGGUGCUCAAGUGGUCGAUGUCAACUUUGAUGAAGGUCUUUUGGAUGGUCAUGCAGCCAUGACACGUUUCUUGAAUUUGUUGGCUUCGGAUCCAGAUUGUGCACGUGUUCCUCUUAUGGUGGAUUCAUCCAAAUUCAGUGUGAUUGAAGCUGGUCUCAAGUGUGCUCAAGGCAAAUGCAUUGUCAAUUCCAUCUCACUCAAGGAAGGCGAAGAAGAUUUCAUUAACAAAGCACGAACCAUCAAGCGUUUUGGUGCUGCCGUGGUGGUCAUGGCUUUUGAUGAAACUGGUCAAGCAGUUGACAAAGAUCGCAAGGUUGAGAUUUGUACUCGUUCGUAUCGCAUCCUCGUUGACAAAGUUGGCUUCAAUCCCUAUGAUAUCAUCUUUGAUCCCAACAUUUUGACGAUUGCCACCGGCAUGGAGGAGCACAACAAUUAUGCUGUUGAAUUUAUUGAAGCAUGUCGCAUGAUCAAGGAGAGACUUCCUGGUGCCAAGAUCAGUGGUGGUGUAUCCAACUUGUCAUUUGCUUUCCGUGGUAUGGACAAGGUCCGUGAAGCUAUGCACUCAGUCUUUUUGUUCCACACCGUCAAGGCUGGCAUGGAUAUGGGUAUCGUGAACGCUGGUUUCUUGACCGUGUACGAUGAUAUCCCCAAGGACUUGUUGCAACUUUGUGAAGACGCUGUAUGGAACCGAGACCCUGAUGUGACUGAAAAGCUUCUCGAGUAUGCCAAGGCACAUUCAAAGGACGCCAAAAAGGAUGAUGAAGAAGAAGAAUGGCGUACAUGGGCUGUGAAUGAUCGUAUCUCCCAUGCACUUGUCAAGGGUAUCAUGAAGUACAUUCUUGAAGAUACUGAGGAAGCUCGUCAAAACAAGGAAAAAUAUCCACGUGCUCUCAAUGUCAUUGAAGGACCCUUGAUGGAUGGUAUGAAUGUCGUCGGUGAUCUCUUUGGUAAAGGCAAAAUGUUUUUGCCUCAGGUCAUUCGUUCUGCUCGUGUCAUGAAAAAGGCUGUUGCCCAUUUAGUCGAAUUCAUCAAGAUUGAAAAGGAGGAGGAGAUGGCUCGUACAGGUGCUACGGAGAUGAAGGGCAAUGGUACUAUCAUUAUGGCCACUGUGAAGGGUGAUGUGCAUGACAUUGGCAAAAACAUUACUGGUGUUGUGCUCGGCUGUAACAAUUAUCGCGUGGUUGAUCUUGGUGUCAUGGUGCCAGUCGACAAGAUUAUCAAAGCAGCUAUUGAGGAAAAGGCGGAUAUUGUCGGCAUGUCUGGUCUCAUCACGCCUUCAUUGGAAGAAAUGGUGAACAAUGCAAAGGAAUUCCAAAAGGCGGGUCUCAAUAUCCCCAUCAUGAUUGGUGGUGCCACAACCAGCAAAAUGCAUACAGCUGUCAAGAUUGCCCCACAAUACAGCGCACCCGUGGUCUAUGUGUUGGAUGCUUCUCGUAGCGUACCUGUUGCUGCUGCUCUCAUUGAUGACAAUCAACGUGAAGACUUUGCUGAAGACAUUCGUGAAGAAUAUGAGGAGUUGCGUGAAGAAUACUAUGAAGGCCUUGAAGACAAGCGUUUAUUGACCAUCGAAGCUGCUCGUGAAAAGGGAUUCAAGAUUGAUUGGGGCCUUCAUCCACCACCAGCUAAACCAACCUUCCUUGGCACCAAGGUGUAUGACGACUUGCCACUUGAACAAUUACUUCCUCGCAUUGAUUGGAAUCCAUUCUUCCAAGUCUUCCAGCUUCGUGGUCGCUAUCCCAACCGUGGUUAUCCAAAGAUCUUUGAUGAUGAGAAUGUUGGUCCUGAAGCCAAACGAGUCUUUGAUGACGCACAAAAGAUGCUCAAGGAGAUUGUAUCCAAGAAAUUAUUCAAAGCAAAGGGUCUUCUUGGUUUCUAUCCCGCUAAUAGCGUUGGCGAUGACAUUGAAGUAUACGAGGACGACUCGCGUGAAAAGGUCAAGGCUGUGUUUUAUGGUCUUCGACAACAAUCUGAAAAGGAGACCGAUGAGCCCUACUAUUGUCUUUCUGAUUUUGUGGCACCAAAGGGUAUCCCUGAUUAUAUUGGCAUGUUUGCUGUGAGCGGUGGAUUUGGAUGUGACGAAUUGGUUGCCAAGUUUGAAAAGGAUCAGGAUGACUAUUCGAGCAUUAUGGCCAAGGCACUUGCUGAUCGUUUCGCCGAAGCUUUUGCAGAAUUGAUGCACGAGGAAGUACGCAAGACUGAAUGGGGCUAUGCAAGUGAAGAAAACAUUUCGGCUGCAGAGAUGUUUGCCGUACGCUAUCAGGGUAUUCGUCCUGCUCCUGGUUAUCCUUCACAGCCUGAUCACACUGAAAAGAAGACCAUGUGGGAGCUUGGAGACAUUGCAGAAAAGACCGGCAUGACCCUUACCGAUUCAUUAGCUAUGGAGCCUGCUGCUAGUGUUAGUGGUUUGUACUUUGCACACGAGCAGAGCAAGUAUUUUGCUGUUGGCAAGGUUGACAAGGAUCAAAUCAAUGAUUACGCGGCACGCAAAAAGAUGGAUGUUCAAGAGGUUGAGAAAUGGUUGUCAACGAUCCUCGCCUACGAUGCUUAA